CCCCCAGUGGACGCAUACUGCACUGCGCCUGCUCAACCUUCCGAGUUGGGAGAGAGAGUGAGAGGGAAGAAAAAAAAGGGGACGGAGCAAGUAGGGUAGAGCGAGUGAGCGAGGCCCCUCCCUCAGAUGACAUCUAUCUAGCGCUAUUGAAGCAGGGCUAGAGGCUGAUGUAAGUUCACACUUGUAGUGCGCUCUGCCCAAGCGAUCUAUCCUACAUGCGCUGCCAUUCCAAGGCUCCUUACAACAGCCAGCGGACUGGAGUGUGUAUUUGAAUGUGUGCGCGUGUGUGUGUGUGUGGACCAGUAAACACACACCAUACCAGUAGCAUUACUGCUGGUACACACUACCGAGGACUGAUACCAGAGCUGCUGUAGCAUUCAGUUGGUCUUCAACUGGGGCUUUUUUUGGGGAUCUGAAGGUAUUCUCCGUACACUUGGAAUAUAUUCUUUUACAGACUGCUUUUCUAGGGAGGAUAUUUAGUUUUUGGUUGAUUUAGGAGAGAUCCAAUCAACACUGGAUCGGCGCUGGCACAGCUACUGGAGGGACGGCGUGCUGCAGAGAGCGGGCGUGUAGCCACCGAGGGGACACGUUACCGCGAGCCCGGGGGCGCGACGCGCGGCACGACUGAUUCCCCAGAGGAGCGGCAAAGCACCACGCUGUUUCCGGAUCUUCCCGAGCCUUGGAUUUAUGAACUCACAGCGGGUGGGAAUUCUGUGAGCGCUGCAGGGUCGGAGUACGUGGGUGGCGCAGGCCAGGAGUCGGCCUGUGGAAAGCCAGGUUGCUGUUGGAAUGGCUCUGUCCAGCUUUGGCUCGCCGCUUCAUCAUGAAUGGUCUGCUUGACCGCAGACCUUCUGGAGUGUCUCUGUACCUUCCCUGAGAGAGCCUGACCUCUCCUUUCCCCACCAGGACGGGGCAUCUGUGUUGCACAAAUAGAUGUGAGCUGGCCUCUGCGACUGCUAAAACCACUGGGAUUUUGCCUUUUUAAUAUUAUCCCCACGAAAUCUCAUGGUUCCUUUGGAGAAGAGGAAGCCCGCAGCUUUGUCUUUGAGUUUGAGAGGGGAUGCUUUUUCCACUGGCUUAUCUUCCAUGGCAAAGCCUUUGAUGGCCAGAGAACAAACAGGGAUCAGUUCAGUUCAAACACACUGACCUGGGUAGGGAUAUUACCCAGACAAUCGGUCGCUCUCCAACUACGCUUAGAAACUUUUCCGUUCUCAAAAGGAUUAGUGGAAAGAUUGCAAUAUAAAUAUUUAUUGGAUCGGCUGGAUCGGGAAAGUAUUCUACGGUGCCCAGAGAAGGAUUCUUUAAGGAUUCUUUUAAAUCAGGAGUUCCCGAGUGAUUACCGCAGCCAAACCACAACAAAACUUUGGCGGCGACAAGAUGGCCGCACAGUGCAAGAACUUCCUUCUCUUCCUGACCAGGGUAGGACUACUCCUGGGCCUGGCAAACCCCCUGGUGACCUCCGCCUCCUGUCCCUCUGCUUGCCGUUGUGAUGGGACCUUCAUCUACUGUAAUGACCGAGGCCUCACCUCCAUCCCCACGGGCAUCCCACUGGACGCCACCGUCCUCUUUCUCCAGAAUAACCGGAUAAAGAGUGCGGGCAUCCCCGCUGAUCUUAAGAGGCUGAGCAACGUCGAGAAGAUCUAUCUUUACUGUAACAACCUGGAUGAGUUCCCCCAGAAUCUGCCCAUCGGGGUCAAGGAACUGCAUCUACAGGAGAACAACAUUAGGAUGAUCACGCACGCGUCACUGGGCCAGAUCCCGCUGAUCGAGGAGCUUCACUUGGACGAUAACUCUGUCUCAGCGGUUAGCAUCGAGGAAGGAGCGUUCAGGGACAGCAACCAUCUGAGGCUACUCUUUCUCUCCAGGAACCACCUGAGCACCAUCCCCUCUGGCCUUCCGCAGACCAUCGAGGAGCUACGCUUUGAUGAUAACCGCAUCUCGUCAAUAUCGGAGGCUUCUCUCCAGGACCUGAUCAACCUGAAGAGGCUUGUUCUGGACGGUAACCUGCUCAACAACCGGGGCAUCAGCGAGAUGGCCUUCGUCAAUCUGAUUAAUCUCACCGAGCUCUCCCUCGUGAGAAACACCCUGACAUCACCGCCGGCCAAUUUACCGGGCACUAGUCUGGAGAAACUGCAGCUCCAGGACAACCACAUCAACCGCGUGCCGCCAGGAGCUUUUGCAUUCCUGAGACAGCUGUAUCGACUGGAUCUGUCAGGUAACAACCUGAGCAGUCUGCCCCAGGGGGUGUUUGAGGACCUGGACAACCUCACGCAGCUCCUGCUCCGUAACAACCCAUGGCAGUGUACUUGCCGGAUGAAGUGGGUGCGGGACUGGUUGAGGUCGCUGCCGUCCAAAGUCAACGUCCGAGGCUUCAUGUGCCAGGGCCCGGACAAGGUCAAAGGCAUGGCAAUCAAGGAUCUCUCCACGGAACUGUUUGACUGCGGGGGCUCAGACGUGGCCCCCACCUUCGAGACCAGCACGGUCUCCAACACCUCGCCCCCCUCACAGCCGCAGUGGCCCAUGUUUGUGACUAAAAGACCCGUGGUGAAAAUACCCGACCUGGGCAAGAACUACCGCAGCACGACGACGUCGUCAGGCAGAAAGAUAAUCACCAUCAGCGUUAAGUCGAGCAGUGCAGAGACGGUCCACAUCUCCUGGAGGGUAUCGGUCCCCAUGACUGCCCUGAGACUCAGCUGGCUGAAACUGGGUCAUAACCCGUCGUUCGGUUCCAUCACAGAGACCAUCGUUCAGGGGGAAAAGACGGAGUACCUCCUGACGGCGCUCGAACCGGAAUCCUCGUACAGGAUAUGCAUGGUCCCCAUGGAGACCAGCAACAUUUACCUGUCGGACGAGACGCCGGUCUGCAUAGAGACCGAGACCAGCUCCCUGAAACCCUACAACCCCACCACGACGCUUAACCGCGAGCAGGAGAAGGAGCCGUACAACAACUCCAGCCUGCCGUUGGCCGCGAUCAUUGGCGGCGCUGUGGCACUGCUGGCUGUUAUCAUUCUGGCGCUCGUGUGCUGGUACGUUCACCGGAACGGCUCGCUGUUCUCCAGGAACUGCACGUACAACAAGGGCCGACGGAGGAAGGAUGACUACGCGGAGGCGGGGACCAAGAAGGACAACUCCAUCUUGGAGAUACGAGAGCCCUCCUUCCAGAUGAUCCCUAUACACCCUGUGCCCGUGUCCAAAGAGGAGUUUGUCAUUCACACCAUUUUCCCGCCCAACGGGCUGAGCCUGUACAAGAGCCCGCACAACGAGAACAGUCUCAACAACAGGAGCUACAGGGAUAGCGGAAUACCCGAUUCAGACCACUCCCAUUCAUGAUAUCGACAACGCAAGACAUUUAGGCAUGAAUGAGUGCGUUCGUCGACGACUUUCAAACCAAGUGGCUACAAGACUUUCUUAGGAAACACUGGAACUAAAAGACUUGAGUGGGGAAGCAUUGUUCUUCUGUACAUUUGCCGAUAUAAUUUAUAUUUAAGGGACAUUUUAAGAUGAAGAGGAGAACAAAACGUGGUUCACAUUGCAGACAGGGCCGUCACUGAGUCAGUGUAUGUUGUAAAGAAAAACUGCAAUUCUAUAUUUUAGGGGUUUGUAGUAAUUUGUACUGUAAUUUUCUUUGGCUUAAGGUUACCUAGCGACCAACUAAGAAAAACAAAACCAACUCUGUUAUUCUGAGAUAUGAUGACUUGUCAACUGUGAAAGUGGGGUUUUCAUUGCUGUGUUGAACAAUCAGACUUCAAAAAACUUGUAGAAUAAAGCACAGGUCAUUGCUUUUACACUCUUUUGUGGCUGUUUGGUAAAAACUAAAAAGGCAAAAAAAUAUAUACGACACGAUCAAAAUGGAGGCACUGCCUGAUUAGCGUAACAGAACCAGGAUAAAGCAGUAACACAGCAGGGGGCAGGGCAGGGGGACAGUUGCCCCUAGUGCCAUGCCAGUGAGACCCAGGGGAUGUACCUCUGGACACCUGGACUAGCAUAUGAUGUGGAGGUGUCAUGCCUUACAUCUUGGCUUUCUGCGGCGCAUGGAUUCAUUUGUGCUUUUGUCAGUUUGGAGACAGGACUGACACCCAGACAGGCCAACGACUGUGUAUGAGAGAACGUGAGUCGGAGUGCGUGUGUGGGUGAGAGUGUGUGCGCGUCAGAAAGGCCUGUAGGCCAUAGUAUAGGGCAGGUGAAACACACAGGGUGUGUUGGGAGAGACUCGUGCAGGGUGGGGGUGCAGGAGCGUUGAGGGAGGGCAGCAGUGUUGACAAAAAUAAACCCCCCAACCAUCUGUACUAUUUGUUCAGGCCAACAAAAGGCAGCACUACAAUGGAUGACAUCCUCCAGUACCUUGUACCGCACGUCAUCCAAACGUUAGCCUCAAACAGAAACACCACAUUGGCUUUCUUUGGGAUACAAACUUGAGUGUCACCAAUUUUGUUGUUCAUGAUUAUAAUUUAGUAUUUUUCUUUUCUUUUUUUUCUUUUUUGUUUGAACACACUUCUACUUCUGUGUUUCCACAAUUUCAAAGUGAAAUGUUCUUUACAACUGUGGGAUUCUUGAAAGUCGUAUUCAACAUCGAGAAAAUAUUUGUCUGAAUAAAGUUGGGAUUGUCCCGUCUUUCAAGAGUCCCUAAAGUGAAAACCAAAGUGCAUUGUAUGCCCUUUGGCUUGUCUUGUAUGUGCCUUGAUCCAAUGCUUAUUGUAUUUAGCUUUAUAAGAACCAGUGACUUUUUUUCAUACACACUUGAAUAUGAGAAAAUAUUGGUCAUAUUGCAGAAUAAAAGUGGAUAAAAUGUCAA